CCCUCUGACUAAUUAAUUUGAAAAGUUACCUUACAUGAGAGUCAGACAGUUAAACUAAGACCAAAUUAAUAUUUCGCUAGCGAAAGCAGGGGUGCUUUUUGCUGUGGAAACGAUAAGAAGAAGAUUGACGGCAUCGGCAUUUUCCAAUUUCAAAGGCUGAAAUAAAUAAAAUCAUGGAAGCGUUUACCAUGAAAAUAGACCUUACUAACUUCUUCAGGGACGAGCGGCAGCACGCAUUGAUAUUGAUUGACAGCGCGUGGAAAAAUGUAGAGGAUGUUCAGCACCACAUCCAGAACCUCUUCAAUCUGAGAAAUAUACGUUUGCUGACCAAUUCUGGAUAUUUUCUGCCGCCCAAGGAGUCCCUUAGAGUUCUAACAGAUGCUGAUGGAUUGAAGGCCUUCACAUUUGAGGAACCGCCGCCCGCCAGCGGCGUUGAGGCAGGAAGCACGAAGACUAGCAACAAGCGCAAGAAGUCAUUCGAUGAAGCAGAGAGCUCACGCCACAGCCCUCCUUGGGAACAGCCAAAGCGUUCUAAGCACGGAAAGAAAUUGACUUGCCAAGCAAUUUCUCUGAAUGCCACAACUGAAACUCCCGCUUUGGGAAACUCAUUUGUUACCUGUAACACCAGUGAAGCCGAAGAGCCACUCUGCAACUCCACUAUAAAUGAGUCCAAGCGUUUUAAACAGAAAAAGAAAUCCACUUUGCAGGCAAUUUCUCAGAAUGACUCCACUGAUGAAAAGGUGAAUCCGUUAUUGGAAGCAACAACCUGCAAAAACACCACAGAAGCUGAGGAGCAACUCUCCAACUCCCCUUUGAAUAAGUCGAAGCGUUGUAAGCAGAAAAACAAAUCCACUUCACAAGCAAUUUUUCUGAUUGGCGCAUGUGAUGAUAAGUUGAACCCUUCAUUGGAUGCAACAAACUGCAAAAACACCACAGAAGUUGAGGAGCAACUCUCCAACUCCCCUUUGAAUAAGUCGAAGCGUUGUAAGCAGAAAAACAAAUCCACGUUGCAAUCAGUUUUUCUCAAUGCCACAGUGGAUGAAAGGGUUACCCCUGACACCAGUGAAGUAGAGGAGCAACUCUCCAACUCCACUGUGAAUAAGUCAAAGAGUUUGAAACAGAAAAACAAAUCCACGUUACACGCAAUUGACACUAAGAUGAUUCAUUCAUUAGAUGAAAAAAACUGCAAGAACACCAGCGAAGCUGAGGAGCAACUCGCCAACUGCACUUUAAAUAAGUCAAAGAGUCUGAAACGGAAUAAAAAAUCGACCUUGCUUCAAAUUACAACACAUAACGCGACGAAUGAUAAGGUUCCAACAUUAGAAACAAAUGAAACCAAUGAGCCUUUGCUCCAAUACAUCCCCCAAUGGGAUCAGUCAAGUUCGAAUGACGAUGAAAACAGCAAAACAGAACCACCAGCCGAACGUCUACCCCAAAAUGUCAGUCGCCUUGGUCUUCACGUUGUCCAAACCCCUGCCCAGUCAAUUGAGACACAAGAGCCAGAAGCAAAGGAAAAUAAUUCAACAUUAGUGGUCCCUGAGCCGCCGCCAAUUUCUUUUCGCUGCCCGCUAAUGGAGCUGGACCUUAACAAAGUACGCACGCACCAAAUUUCCUUUAAAGCGAAAACCGCUCAAAAUGUGCCCGGAAAAUCGGUGACAGAGCAAACGGAUUCCAAUGAACACAUCAAAGUGGCUACUCCCGAAGCUGCUAGGCAAGAACCUGCUGCUCCAUUGAGCGUCUUCGAUGAAAUUUCAACCAUAGAUGAGGCUGAAGAAGAUCCAGAAGCGGAAGUGAAAGCUUUGGCACUUUCAGUGGAUGAUAAAAUGCUUCCGAGACGUGUUUCUGGCGACACUAUAAACUGUGAUUCCGACGACGAUGUCAUGGUGCUUGAUGACAGCAGUGUGGAUUCGGAUGUGGAAGUGUCCCAAAUUGUACCAGCAAAUGACUCUCAAAUGAAUGAUUCUGCUCUGGAAAUGUUUGCAAACGCUUCUCCGCUAACGGAUUUGCCAAAAAGGGGCGACACAAUACUCUUUAAGCUAAGGAAAAUGAAGACCUCCUUGAGCUCUGGAGUAACCGGAGUUAUAACUGCCAGCUGUACCUACAUCAAUCGUCGCACAAAAGCCAUUUCAAUGGAAGUAAUAUCAUAUCCUCCACGCAAUCGUGGUGUACUGAGUCAGUACUCAAACAGUUUGGACGACUCAAGCGACGACGAUACACCUUCUUUAAUGGUCAAUAUGUCGGAUCUGAUUGAAGCAAAGCUCCGUAAAAAAAGUUAAAGAUUAAGUUCUGUUGUUCUAUUUUCAUAGCAUUGUAAAUUAUAUAAACAAUCAAAUAACAUGCA